AUGAAGGGGAGUAUUGGAUCCUCGAAUUUAGUGAAGGAGACAUACAUGGAAGUGAAGCAUCCUGAUUUUUGGGAGUCUGGUUCUGCAAAGAAUACCUUCGGGGGCUUUGGAUGGAUGCCUGAGUUCGGGGUAACACGGUCUUGGCCUAAGAUGUUUAGCAUGCCAUACUCGGAUGCUACUGCAAGGUUUCCAAAUUAUUCAGUACCAUUAUGCAUUUAUGAUGGUGGGGAAAUUUUCGAGUGUAAGCAAGUUCUUGUGAUUUACAAUCCCAAAGAUGGGAGAUGCAGGUAUCAGUGA